GCGACAUCGACAUCACCAGCAAACCCCCGUUGGGAGGCCAAUUUUCUUGCUCGUGCGACUAGUCCCGGGUGCCUUGAUCUUCGCAGCUGUCCACUAUCCACCCUGGAUUCUCUCCCCUUCCGGUUCAAAGGGUCCAGCGGUGCCAACAUGGCGCCCACCCAGACGGUGCAGCAUCACCACCGGUCCACCACCAAAUCCACCCAGAAAUCCUACAAGUCCCGCCAUGCCUCCAAGAGCGCCCUGAAGGAUAAGGCCAAGGGCAAAGUCGAAAGACAAGAGCGGGGCACCCGCAAGACCCCUCACCAGCAGCUCAAGUCGAAACUCGAUCGCCGCAACCAGGCCCGUCAGAAGCAACAAUUGAAGCACCAAGAGAAGGCUCAGUCGCUCAGCAUCUUCUCCGGCCAGUCCGGCGCCCCGCGCCAUGUGGCCGUCGUCCCGCUUUCCGUCGAUAUCGAUGUCGCGGCCAUCAUCCGGGCCCUGAAUGAGAGUGUCGACGUCUCCGCCGAUAUUUCCUCAGACUCGCCCUCCCGUGUGCGCGUGGACCGCUUCCGACAGACCUUGAACUACAUUCCCGCCAAAUAUGACCUGAUGAAUGCGUUGGACGUGUGCCGGAUGGCGGAUUUCGUUGUCCUGGCGCUCUCCGCCCAGGUCGAGGUGGAUGCGCAGGGAGAGCUGUUGCUGAGGUCCAUUGAGGGUCAGGGUAUCUCGAACGUUGUUGCUAUGGUUCAGGGUUUGGACCAAAUCAACCCGGCCAAGAAACGCCCCCAGGUGGCCUCUUCCCUCAAGUCGUUUGCGAAUCACUUUUUCCCGGCCGUUGAGAAGGUUCUCUCGGUCGACUCUCGGCAGGAAUGCUCCAACGCUAUCCGUUCCCUAUGCACAGCUACCCCCAAGGGUAUCCGUUGGCGUGACGAGCGGAGCUGGAUGCUCGUUGAGGAUGUGCAGUGGCCGGAGAACAACUCGGACGUGGUAGACGAUGUCGUGAUUACCGGAGUCGUCCGUGGAAAGGGCCUGAAAGCGGACCGUCUGGUCCAUCUUCCCGGCUGGGGUGACUUCCAGGUCGGUUCCAUCACGGCAGCACCCCUUGCUACUGCCCGUGGCAAGCGUGACGAUGACAUGAAUGUCGACGAAAGCGAGGCACCGCAGCUCCUGGAUGCACCCUCCGCGGACUGCGACGAUCUGGCCGUCGUGGCCCCGGAGGAGAUUGAAAUGGAAGAUGACAGCUUCCCCGUCGCGGAGGAAGAGCGCAAGGGUGUUCUCCUGGAUGACCACCACUACUUCUCCGACGAUGACUCUCACAUCCCCCCCACCCCCAAGAGACUACCAAAGGGAACGUCCACGUACCAGUCUGCUUGGUACCUGGAGGAUGUCUCCGACUCCGGUUCUGACAUCGGAGACGACGACGACGAGGACGAAGGUAUGGAAGUGGACGAGGACACCACGGGGGCACCAGAAGACGGUGUCUUCCCAGACAACAAGGACGCCAUGACAGAGGCAGGCCAGUCAGAGUAUCCCCAGUCUGAGAUGUUUGUGGACAAAUCGCCCGAAGACGACGCCAAAGACCUGGAAGAAUACCGCAAGAACCGCCGAAACGAGGCCGACGAAGACCUGGAAUUCCCCGAUGAAAUCGAGCUGCACCCCAAUGUCCUUGCGCGGGAACGACUGGCCCGUUUCCGAGGUCUCAAGAGCUUCAAGACCAGCCCGUGGGAGACAUCAGAGGACCGCCCUCACGAGCCGGAGGACUGGCGCCGUCUGCUCCAAAUCGGCGACUACAAGGGAUCCAAGAACCGGACUAUGCGCGAGGCCCUCGUGGGCGGCGUCGCCCCCGGUGUGCGCGUGAACGUCCACCUCCGCGCGGUCCCGACCACCCUCCGCAGCCGGCCCCAGCCCGUCUCCCUCUUCUCGCUCCUCCGCCACGAGCACAAGCAGACCGUCGUCAACGUCAACAUGCACCUCAGCUCCAGCGUCGAAGAGCCCCUCAAGGCCAAAGAAGAACUCAUCGUCCAAUGCGGCCCCCGCCGUAUGGUCGUCAACCCCAUCUUCUCCGCCGGCGACAACACCCCCAACAACGUCCACAAGUACGACCGGUACCUCCACCCGGGCCGGAGCGCCAUCGCCUCCUGGAUCGGCCCUCUCACCUGGGGCGCCGUCCCCGUCCUGGUCUUCAAGAACAUGCCCAUCCAGGACCCGGAGGUCCUCGACUCCGCCGACGACCACGACCAACAACCCAGCAUCGACCGCCUGGAACUCAUCGGCACCGGCACCGUGGUCGCCCCCGACCAGGCCCGCGUCGUCGCCAAGCGCGCCAUCCUCACCGGCCACCCCUACAAGAUCCACAAGAAGGUCGUCACCGUCCGCUACAUGUUCUUCAACCAGGAGGACAUCCACUGGUUCAAGGCCCUGCAGCUGUGGACCCGCCGCGGCCGCUCCGGCUUCAUCAAGGAAUCCCUCGGUACCCACGGCUACUUCAAGGCCACCUUCGACGCCAAGAUCAACCCCCAGGACUCCAUCGGUAUCAGUCUCUACAAGAGAGUCUUCCCCCGCAAGUCUCGCGCCCUGGAGGAUGUCGUCUACUAAAUUUCCUUUUACUUCCCGGCGUGUUGAAUCUGAAUCAUAUACAAAUGGCCUGGCUCGAUGUGUGCGUGUUCUGCUUCAUCAUCUCAUCAUGUCCAUAUUCGCGGUGAGCUGCUGGACUGGAAUGGAUCGAUUUACAUACAUAGGUUAGGUUAGGUUAGAUAGAUACUUUCUCAUGAUACCACAAAAGUCGCUUCGCAUGAAUUGAUGAAUCAUUGAUUGAUUGAUAUUGAUUGCUCUGGAUGAUUAUGAUGAUGAUGAUGAUCAUGUAUCUGUCCGUCCGUCCGUCCGUCUGUUUCUCUUGUUUGUUGUUUUCGGGUUGAUAUUGGGUGGGGGUAAGUGGUAUAUAGAUUGUAGGCGUU